AUGCCGCCUAGCAAACCAACCCCGGGUAAGCAAAAACGUGUGCGCACGGGAUGCUGGACGUGUCGUCGGCGGAGAAGGAAGUGCGAUGAACGAAAACCUCGCUGUGAAAAUUGCGAGGCCAAGGGAUUUUCGUGUCGGUAUGGGGCCGAUCUUACCUUUGUGUCAGUGCCGAACCCACGGGCACAAUCACCAAAGGGCCCGGCUACUAAGGCUUUGAAUUAUAAUACGAUCCAAUUUAUUGAUGACCACCCGACGACAUCAGGCAUAACAUCUAACGGUGGACCUUUUGUAAAUGGUCUGGGUACUAGCACCGGCGCAGUUCCCGCCGCGAGUGCCACCCAAAGCUCUAUCAUCGACCAACCGGUCGAACAGGCCACUGCUGAUCGUGCCGAAACUGAUGAAUUGAACCGGUCCGCAUAUCUGUCAGGUCUUGGUGCCGAUAUCUCCCGGGAAUCCACUUUCUCGGAUUCUAGUACUGCCUCCCUGCUCCGAAAUAGCCCUGGGACCGUUGCCAAGGGUCGGGGUUUGGCUUAUGUUUCGGGAAAUUGCAGCUCUAGCUCCCAUGGCCCCAUCACCAGCAACCCGGCUCAUUCCAUCUCGACCAGUGGACCUGAUGAGAUUGCUCUGCUGCGUUACUUCCGCUACCAUCUGGCCCCGUGGAUCGAUAUUGGGGACCCAGAAUGCGGAUUCGAGAUUCAGGCAUUUCUUCUAGCAAAGACCGAGCGGCCACUGUUGGCUGCCAUCAUGGCGCUUGCCCUGAUUCAUUCUUCACUCCAGCGAAACAGCGACGCUAUCGAUGUGAAUGCGACGCUUCAGGAAGAGGCUGAACGUGGUCUCGCCCACGCGGAUGAUCCUGUCAAGGCAAUGGGACAGGCCCUCUUGAUGUUGCACGACUUCUUCUUCUCCCGUCCGCGCCAAUGGCGAGAGUUUCUACGAGCUCACACACGUGGAUUGAGUGGUCUUGAUUUUGCGGAUACCCCACAGGGUUUGCUAAACCAGCCAUGGUGGCUGCUCCACUCUCGAAUUGGUACGCUAUCCCAGUUUCAUCAACCCGCUUAUAAGAGUGACAAGGCUGACAUCUGUACCGAAGAUCUUGCUGCGGGUAUCAUUAGUGCAAAAGCGCCAUUGAUGUCAUACCGCUCCCAAUUAUUAUCUGAUGGCCCAUUCCCACUAGUGCCACAACAGCGCCCGGCAAAAUGGGUCUUCCUACGUGUUCUGCUUCUUCUAGCGGAUACUUUGUCACUUCUUUUCAGCCCAGCUGAUACGCUAUCCCCAAGUUCCGAACGUGGCGGGCAGCUAGCUGUACACGCCUUACUUCAAACGGACUUCACGUCACAAUGGGUGUCUCUAUGGUCCAAUUGUCAAGAAUGGUACCACAAUCGCCACGUGGAGAUGCGACCGAUUUUAGACAUUCGCGGUGUGGAGGCGGAUGAGAUUAACUCUGGAACCUGCUCAUCUUUUCCUAUCCUUAUCUACACGUCUCCCCUUGCCCUUUUGGCCAACACUAUCUACCAUAUAUCCUCAUUCCUUCUCCUCAUUCACAAACCAAGGCUACUGAAGACUAUCGCUGGUCCGAGACGAUUCACCUCACGCAUCUGGCACGCUCAGGCCAUUGCAGGAAUUGCUACAAACAAUGAGUUCAAGGAGCAGUGGGACCCGAUCCUGAUUGCUAGCCUUCUCACGGUAGCGCCAGAGAUGACCCACACAUCGCAACAAUCAACUCUGCUCAACCUACUGGGUAGUAUUACUACGGCAACUGGGAUCAAGUUAGAUUCUGAGAUAGAUGGCCUGAGAUCUAGCUGGGACAUCUCACAAUACAAUGAAGACGCGGUAAACUGA